AUGCUGGGCGUCGUGGAGCUGCUGCUGCUGGGGGCGGCGUGGCUGGCGGGCCCGGCCCGCGGGCAGAAUGAGACGGAGCCCAUCGUGCUGGAAGGCAAGUGCCUGGUGGUGUGCGACUCCAACCCCACGUCCGAUCCCACGGGCACAGCUCUCGGCAUCUCUGUGCGUUCCGGCAGCGCCAAGGUGGCUUUCUCUGCCAUCAGAAGCACCAACCACGAGCCGUCCGAGAUGAGUAAUCGCACUAUGAUCAUCUACUUUGACCAGGUACUAGUGAACAUCGGGAACAACUUUGAUUCAGAACGCAGUACUUUCAUCGCCCCGCGCAAAGGGAUCUACAGUUUUAAUUUCCACGUGGUAAAAGUCUACAACAGACAGACCAUUCAGGUAAGCCUCAUGUUAAACGGGUGGCCGGUGAUUUCAGCCUUUGCUGGUGACCAGGACGUGACCCGGGAGGCCGCCAGCAAUGGAGUUCUCAUCCAGAUGGAGAAAGGCGACCGAGCAUACCUCAAGCUGGAGCGGGGGAACUUGAUGGGGGGCUGGAAGUACUCGACCUUCUCUGGAUUCCUGGUCUUUCCCCUCUGACUGGCUCAUCACCGUAAUGGAGGCAGGGAGAGGGCGAAGGCAGGAGGAAGGCAGGAGGGGGAAUGAGAAGACGGCAAGACUGGAAACUUCCUACAUGGUCCCCAGCUGUAUCCGGGUAAAAGGUGUGCACCGGCGGCCAGUGGGACAACUUUGUCCGUUUCCUCAUUAGGAGAAGCAAAUUCUGCUUAGCUCUGCGCACUCCCAUUUCCAAAAAUAAACUCGCCUCCCCCAUUCCGGUUGAAGUAAUCAAGAAAGAGAGACUGCCUUGUCAUUGUUUCUUACCCCCAUGUUCAUGUUCCCUAAAAUUUAUACAAAAGAAACUUUGUAUUUCACUGUAUAACGUGAAAUAUCUUCCUCCUCAGCCCCCUCGGAAUCUUUCCACCUGCUGAAAUCUAAUAUACUCCUCCCCCUUUUUUAGUUUGGAGAGGGGAAUAAGGUUUUUGUUUUGUUUUUUGAAUGGGGGAGGUAGUUUUAAUUUGGCAAGCAUUGCUCUUAAAACACCGCUCAAGAGUUAAUUAGCUGAAGAUACUUUGUGUCCUCCGCUGCUUGUUAGCAGAGACAGGACUUAACCUUAGUGGUGACUGGUUCAAAAACAUAUAUAAAUAUAUAUCAUUUGUAUUCAAAGAACUCUUCCCAGUGGAAACUGGCUGUAUUUCCGUAUUUCUAUGUCCUAUUCGGAGUGAUCGUGAAAUCUAAGGCUGCUUGAUGUUCUGAUGCUUGUCAAUGCCCUCGUGUUCUGUGGCUCCACUAAAUGCCAGGAGGUUCUUCCGGACGCUUCCUCGUCCUCUGUAACAUACGUGUGAAUAGCCAAGAUUUAAUU